AACCAUUUAAAGAUGUGGUGCAGACUUGGACUGUCUCAGACAUCUGCAACAGCUCGUUAUCAAAGCUUGAAGAUCAGCUUCAGAUCAGAAACCAUGAGGGCAUCUUCUAUGUGUCUGGUGUUCGGGCUGGUCCUGCUGAUGGCCCAGACUUCUGCUCAGUCUCAGGCUGCUGCUCCAAUUCCUGAGAAGUGCUGCUUCAAUUUUAUCGACUUUCAAAUUCCAACCAACAAAAUUGUGAGUGCUGUGAAGACAGAUUCACAUUGCCUUGUCCCUGGCAUUGUGGUUACGACACCUAGAACCGAAUUUUGUGUGGAUCCAGCAGAGGACUGGAUAAAGGCUUGGAUAAAGAGAUAUAUGGAGGAGAAAGCAGCUCAAGAAAACAAAAAAUAAUACUGUUACUGCUUAAUACAACUGUCCUUUCCUAAGAAAUGAAAUUUUGCAUCUCCUGAAACUGAAUGUUAAACUCUUUUCAUUGGUAACACUUUACAUAAAAGUUCAUUAGUCAACAUUAGUUAACAUGAACUAAGAAUGAACAAUACCUCUACAGCAUUUAUUAAUCUUAGUUAAUGUUAAUUUCAGCAUUUAUGGAACCUUUUUGUAAAGAAUUACCUUUUCAUUUAGCACUUAAUCUUUGCAAAUAAAUAUUAAAAUGCAAUGAGA